AUGGAAGAUGGAAUGUCAGGUUUUUGCAUUAAAGCUCGUGGUGGUGGUAAUGGAAGCACUGGAACCAAGUGUGGGCGUUGGAAUCCAACUACUGAACAGGUUAAAGUUCUGACUGACUUGUUCAGGUCCGGACUUCGAACACCGAGCACUGAUCAGAUUCAGAAGAUCUCCACUCAGCUCAGCUUUUACGGAAAGAUUGAGAGUAAGAACGUCUUUUACUGGUUUCAGAACCAUAAAGCUAGGGAAAGACAGAAGCGGCGUAGAGUUUCCAUUGAUGAUAAAGAUUUCAUCAGGCAAGAUCAGCAGGAAAAAGUUUCAUCUGCAAAACAUUUCGCAGAAAUACAUGAGGUUUCGGAGCCUGAAAGAGUGAUUGAGACCCUUCAACUUUUCCCAUUAAAUUCCUUUGAUGAGCCUGAGAAGCUGAGACUACAUGCUAAUGAGUACUUCAUGGAUACUACAGCUUAUUCAUACAAUUUUGGGACUGAAAUGGAUCAUCCACCGUUGGAUCUGCGCUUAAGCUUUCUGUAA